AUGCAUCUCGCGUACUUCCUGUGUGUAAUGGUAGGCCCAGCCUUCGGGGCUCUGACCGUGGACAUCCUCGCUCACGAUUCACGGUUUACAACCUUGGUAGAUCUCGUUGUCAAGGCGGGACUCGUCAACACCCUAAAUACCGGAACCUACACCAUCUUUGCUCCGACGAACGAUGCGUUCAACGCUCUCCCGCCUGCCACUCUGAGCGGGCUGGCCAACGACGUCAACGCUUUGACGAACGUAUUGAAAUACCAUGUCGUUCAGAAUAAAAUAAUGAAGAGUAGCGCAAGUAACGAGCUCACCAUUGCCACACUGAAUGGCCAGAAAGUUCGUUUCAAUAUUUACAGCCACAACAACAAGGUGACGGUGCAGGGUUCAGAGGUCAUAGAAUUCGACAAGGUGGCCAGUAAUGGCGUCAUCCACGUUUUGAACAACGUCAUGUUGCCACCAGAGGGCGAUAUCGUCGACAUCGUAGCCAAAACGAGCGACGUCAGCACGCUUUUGAGCCUUGUACAGCAGGCCGGGAUCGCCAGCGCUCUGAAAGGAGACGCCCUGACCGUCUUCGCUCCAACCAAUGCUGCCUUUGCCCGCCUUCCAUCCAGUGUUGUAAAUAAGAUCACGUCUAACACGGGGCUGCUGACCGAGAUCCUUGAAUACCACGUGGUGCCACACACUGAAUAUUCCCCCGGACUGUACAACCGCGAGUUCCUCCGGACGCUUGACAGGAACCAUGACAUCAUCCAACUUCACACGGACUCCACUGGCGUCCGAGUGAACCGGAACGGUCACGUGACAAAGGCUAACAUCGGUACCACCAAUGGCGUCAUUCACCUCAUAGACCACGUCCUCAUACCAGCGCGAUACUAUCUCACUCUUCUUGUUGGCCCAGCCUUCGGGGCUCUGACCGUGGACAUCCUCACUCACGAUUCACGGUUUACAACCUUGGUAGAUCUCGUUGUCAAGGCGGGACUCGUCAACACCCUAAAUACCGGAACCUACACCAUCUUUGCUCCGACGAACGAUGCGUUCAACGCUCUUCCGCCUGCCACUCUGAGCGGGCUGGCCAACGACGUCAACGCUUUGACGAACGUAUUGAAAUACCAUGUCGUUCAGAAUAAAAUAAUGAAGAGUAGCGCAAGUAACGAGCUCACCAUUGCCACACUGAAUGGCCAGAAAGUUCGUUUCAAUAUUUACAGCCACAACAACAAGGUGACGGUGCAGGGUUCAGAGGUCAUAGAAUUCGACAAGGUGGCCAGUAAUGGCGUCAUCCACGUUUUGAAUAACGUCAUGCUGCCACCAGAGGGCGAUAUCGUCGACAUCGUAACCAAAACGAGCAACGUCAGCACGCUUUUGAGCCUUGUACAGCAGGCCGGGAUCGCCAGCGCUCUGCAAGGAGACGCCCUGACCGUCUUCGCUCCAACCAAUGCUGCCUUUGCCCGCCUUCCAAAGACUGUUGUAAACAAGCUCACGUCUAACACGGGACUGCUGACCGAGAUCCUUGAAUACCACGUGGUGCCACACACUGAAUACUCCCCCGGACUGUACAACCGCGAGUUCCUCCGGACGCUUGACAGGAACCAUGACAUCAUCCAACUUCACACGGACUCCACUGGCGUCCGAGUGAACCGGAACGGUCACGUGACAAAAGCUAACAUCGGCACCACCAAUGGCGUCAUUCACCUCAUAGACCACGUCCUCAUACCAGCGCGAUACUAUCUCACUCUUCUUGUUGGUAAAAAGUAA